CACAUACACACACACACACACACACACACACACACACGCUCGACCUGAUGAACGUGAAUUCCGCGCAAAUGCUAUACAAUACUUAUAGCGUUUCAUUAUAACGUGCGUUUCUAGGCGACCGUAAAAGUUCGGUUAGGACUCCACAUGAAAAACAGUCCGUUUGAAUUCACUGCAGCAGAGUUUGGACAAGCGACGCCGUGUGUGUGUUUACGUUCAAAACAAUAACCUAAAACGAUUUAAGUAUUUAAAUGGUUCUGAAUAACGUCGAGAAAUGUGCACAGCACAGAUGGUGCAGGACAUGGAUCAACUGCUGCAGGAGGAAGGGUUGGACUCCUCGGCCUCCAGCAACGAGCGUUUAUCUCUGCUGUGGCAGCUUUACAUGAAAAGUGAAAGUACCGUGAGAUCCCUCAACCAACAGAUACAAGAUCUGCAGAAGGAACGUGUUGCUGAGAUUGAAAAGGUUCAGCAAUACAUUAAUCACAUUAAGAGUCUCACAAAGACCCGAGACUCUGUGGCUUUACAUCUCGAGCAAGAAAACAAAAUGCUCCAUGCAACUCUGGAGGACAUCCAUCGGCAACAAGAAGCACAGCGGAGUGAGAUCUCUGAGAUGUUACUCCAGGAAGGUCUGGCUGAUAUUAUUUGCAUCGGCUUGAGUGAACAGGUGGCUUACCUCCUCGCAGACAGAGCCUCCCUGUUGGAGAAAAUACAAACUCAGGAGAACGUGGAUGUGAAGACGGCAGAGGACCCUGAUGUCCAUAAGGAGGAUUGUAGAGCGAAUGUGGUCAAAGUGACAGCACCGCACGCUCAGAGCCCUUGGAAGAGGCUCCUAGGACUCAGAAAGGCUGCUCAGAGUAAACCCAAAUUACUGCCUGCCGCUGACCUGCAGUGCAGUGCCGAUGACAAACUGAAGGGGCGGAUGUUGCUAGAACUGGAGCGAGAUGUGGAAGAGGCAUCUGCUCGACUCGACAUGGCCCACAAAGAGAUCCGCAGACUCACAGAUGAGCUUGAGUCGGCUCACCUGACACAAAGGGCUUAUGAACCAGAGCUGCAAGAAGCUCAAAUGGAAGUUGCUCAUCUGCGCCAUGAAGUGGAGAAACUGAAAUGUUGUGAAGUUGCUGAGUUACGAAAAAUAAAAGAGAUGAACGAGAAACAGGAAGAAGAGCUGUGCCGCCUUAGGGAGACUGUGAAGAGGCUACAGGCAGAGCCCGAAAAGUUGUUUGAAAUGACAGAAGCCCCUGACAGAACCAGCACUUCACCCAAAAACAAGAAGCCUCAGGAAGAAGAUAUCCAUAAACGGUGCUUUGAUGAGAUGCAGGAGAGGUUGCACGUGCUGCAAGACCUGACCCAGGUCACGCUGAAGCUGCGGAUGGAGUAUGAGAUGGAGGCUGACCUGCGCAGAAGGGCAGCGGAUGAAUGUGAAGAGCAGAAGAGGAAGAGGAUGGAAGCAGAGCGGUUAGCGCGAGACUUCCAGAAGCUCUGCGAGAAACAGGCAGACGAUUACAGGACCACUGUCGGCAGCCUCCAGGUGGAGAUCAGAGAUUUAGUAAAGAAGUUGCGAGAGCUCGAGGCACAGGACGUGGAAAGACAAUGUGACAAACACCUGAAGCAGGUGUGUUCUCUGGAGAGUGAAGUUUGCCGGCUGAAGGCUGUCCUUCAGGAGGAGCAGCAGAAGACCGGGCAGCUGUCCAUGACCAUGCAGAUGGAAAUUGACCAGGCUAGAGCUUUGGUACAGUCACAGAACGUCCGGCUUCAGCUGGACACAGAAGAGCAGAAAAAGAUGUUUGAGGAGCUGCAGGGCAUCCAGAACAUCCUCAGCUCCACCAAACAAGAGCUGCUGUCCCAGAGGAGAAACAACACACGACUGCAAGACCACAUCACUGACGCCCAGCAGGAACACCUCAGGCUCCAACAAAACAUCGAGGACUUGAGGAACAGACUAACCAGCGGUCAACAGGAAACUGACUCUCUGAGGACAGAGCUUCAGCUAGCUCUAGUUAGCGUGGAUGCUGAGAGGAGUAAAUACAACGACAAGCGAAUUCACUACAAAAACAAGCUGAGCCGUGCCAGAGGCCUUUACCUGAGAGAGACAGGGUGGCGGGAUGAAAAAAUAAAAGACUCGGAGAAGGAGAUUUUCAUUUUAAGGAAACAGGAGGAAAAGACGUCACACAUGAUGAAGAUGGUCACGUCCGAAAAUGAGAGUCUGCUUCAGAAGAACAGAGAGCUUCUUUUGCAGUUGAAUGACUUUGAAGAGACACAGAAAAAUGCUUCGGAGGCAGUUACCUCGAUGCAGAUGAGGAUAAAUUUGCUCGAAGAAGAGAAUAUUCAGCUCCAAGAGACAACAGCAGAAAUGUCGGAGCACAUCGAGUGCCUGGCGAUACUGGCCGAGACGAACUGCGACGAAGUCACCGCUGAGAGUCGUGUCAUAGAGGGCGAAGACCAAGCUACUCUGCCUACAUAAAUAUAUAUAUAUAUAAAUUAUAUAUAUACAUAUAUAUAAAA